CACCGGCUCACACGAGCUGAUCCAAAGCGAAAAGACGCAAAGAGACGCAGAGAGACGCGUGCCGCUCGUCCCGCACCAAAACACUCGGUCCUGCUGAUCUCAGGAAACUUCACUCCAGGUAAGUUCACUGCGCGUGUCUCCGCUCAUUUGCUAGACUCUCAGCAUCAAACUGCACGCGCUCCUUGCAGCCACAGGUCCUCACGCGCUCCUCUCUUCUCUCCACAGAUAAAAAAAAUAAAAAAAAACAUCAUGGACUCCGUGUACUCUGACAUCGAGAGCAACAGCUGCGACUUCUUCCCGCACACCGACGAUGAGGACUCCCGCAGCCUGCACUCCGCCUCCCCGGGCUCCUCUCCGCUGUGCGCGCCGCGCUCCCCGGAGCCCGACCAGCAACUGCAGCAGCAGAAGAAGCGGCGCCGCGGGCGCGCCAGAAACGAAGCGGCCGUGCAGGUGGUGAAGAAGAACCGGCGCGUGAAGGCCAACGACCGGGAGCGGAAUCGCAUGCACAACCUGAACGACGCGCUGGACACGCUGCGCGGCGUCCUGCCCGCCUUCCCGGACGAGACCAAACUCACCAAGAUCGAGACUCUGCGCUUUGCGCACAACUACAUCUGGGCGCUGUCAGAGACCAUCCGCAUCGCCGACCUGCAGGCGGGAAAAACCGGCGACGCUCCUCUGCUGCUGAGCUCCGCGCGUCUCGCCGAGGCCCCCAGUCCCGGCAGCGACGCCUGCUCCUGGAGCUCCAGCGGCUCCUCGUCCUCGCCCUCCCCGUCCUACUGCGCCUCCAGCCCGGGCAGCCCCGCCGGGCCAGAGGACUACAGCUACCUGCAGCAGGACGCGCUGUACGGCUUCCGCAGCUUCGUGCCAGGCAUCUACUGA